AUGGUGAAGAUUUGCUGUAUUGGCGCGGGGUAUGUUGGUGGCCCCACCAUGGCCGUGAUAGCUCUCAAGUGCCCUUCGAUUGAGGUGGCUGUUGUCGACAUUUCAGUCCCCCGCAUCAGCGCCUGGAACAGCGACCAACUCCCGAUCUACGAGCCGGGCCUUGACGAUGUGGUCAAGCAGUGCCGUGGCAAGAACCUCUUCUUCAGCACGGAUGUUGAAAAGCACGUGUCAGAGGCUGACAUCGUCUUUGUCUCGGUCAACACUCCCACCAAGACCCGAGGCCUCGGGGCCGGCAAAGCCGCUGACCUAACCUACUGGGAAAGCGCGGCCCGAAUGAUUGCUGACGUGUCCAAGUCCGACAAGAUUGUGGUCGAGAAGUCAACUGUCCCUGUCAAAACUGCCGAGGCCAUCGAGAAAAUCCUCACCCAUAACAGUAAAGGCAUUAACUACCAAAUCCUCUCGAACCCAGAGUUUCUUGCCGAGGGGACUGCCAUCCAAGAUCUCUUCAACCCGGACAGGGUUCUCAUUGGCGGCCGCGAAACUCCUGAAGGCUUCAAGGCAGUUCAAGCUUUGAAAGCUGUCUAUGCUCACUGGGUCCCGGAGGAUCGUAUCCUCACCACAAACCUAUGGUCCGCGGAGCUUUCGAAACUCGCUGCUAACGCCUUCUUGGCCCAGAGGAUCUCGUCCGUCAAUGCCAUGUCAGCACUCUGUGAGGCGACUGGCGCUGAUGUCACGCAGGUGUCGUACGCCGUCGGGAAAGACUCGAGGAUCGGGCCAAAGUUCUUGAAUGCGAGUGUCGGGUUUGGUGGGUCGUGCUUCCAGAAGGAUAUCCUCAAUCUUGUAUACAUUUGCGAGUGUAACGGCCUUCCUGAGGUGGCUGAGUACUGGAAACAGGUCAUCAAGAUCAAUGACUACCAAAAGAACCGUUUUGUCAACCGCCUUGUCUCGUCUAUGUUCAACACGGUUGCCAAUAAGAAGGUCGCGAUUUUAGGUUUUGCUUUCAAGAAAGACACGGGAGACACUCGCGAGACCCCUGCAAUUGACGUGUGCAAGGGGCUUCUUGGGGAUAAAGCCCAGCUCAGCAUUUACGAUCCGCAAGUAACGGAGGAUCAGAUCCAGAGGGAUCUCUCGAUGAACAAGUUCGACUGGGACCACCCUCUCCACCUCCAGCCUAUGAGCCCGUCUACUGUUAAGAAAGUUCAUACCGUUUGGGAUGCGUAUGAGGCUACUAAGGAUGCACAUGCUGUGUGCAUUCUCACGGAGUGGGACGAGUUCAAGGAGCUCGAUUUCCAGAAGAUAUAUGACAAUAUGCAGAAACCGGCUUUCGUUUUCGACGGGAGGAAUGUAGUUGAUGUGGCCAAGCUGAGGGAGAUUGGGUUUAUAGUGUACUCGAUUGGGAAGCCGCUUGAUGCUUGGCUCAAGGACAUGCCAGCUGUCGCCUGA